GCGAGCUGCGCCACUCGCCGGUAUAGGAGCAGGAUGACCGUUAUGGAAGUGGGCCUUCUGGCCACUGUGCUGGCCGCCGCUGUUUUUCUCGCCGCUGCGGACGAUUUUCCUCGAGUGCGAAUCGACUCCGGAUUAGUUGUGGGCACGAGAGUGCCAGCUGAUGGAACAGAGGUGGACGCUUUCCUCGGAAUACCGUACGCGGAGCCUCCAAUAGGCGAGCUUCGUUUUAGGAGACCUCGACCCGUGCCGUCGUGGGAAGGCACUUACAACGCGACAACAAAGCCCCGCGCCUGCCGGCAGGUGCCAUUCGACUUGCUUGGUCCUCUGGCGCUCGACUAUUCAGGUGCGUCAGAGGACUGCCUGUACGUGAACUUGUGGCGGCCAGCCAGGCGCCAGAAGAGCGCGAGGUCGCGGGAAGGUGACACCCACCGCGACGCGCUUCUUCCCACGGUUGUUUUCAUCCACGGGGGUGCAUUCCAGUGGGGUGACUCGGCGCUGUUCCUCUACGACCCGGCAAACUUUGUUGCCCUCACGGGUGACGUCGUAUUUGUGACGUUCAAUUACAGGGUCAGCAUGUUCGGCUUCUUGGACACUGAGGAUCCCAAGCGAGAGUCUGGAGGCAACUUGGGCUUGUGGGACCAAAACCUCUUGCUCAAGUGGGUACAAAGCAAUAUCGCCUACUUCGGUGGCGAUCCCAAGCGAGUAACCCUGUGGGGCCAGAGCGCUGGUGCCAUGUCAGUAGCACUGCAUGCGCAGUCUCCUCACAGCACAGGUCUUUUCCAGAAGGCUAUAUUGCAGAGUGGAGCUCCGUUUUCCCUGGUCCUGAACAGAGUCUUCAACCCACGGGGAAACUUUAAGAGUAUGGUGUGGAAGUUGGGCUGCUACAACGCUACCAAAGAAAGUGCAGGCGACACGUUAAGUGACGUGAUGCGCUGUCUCCGAAGAGCUGAAGCGUCAAGUGUGAUUGAAAAUAUAGAGUCGACGCCAAUUCUGAAGCGGUGGUUCGUUCCUAUUGAAAACGACUCUUUCUUUCCUGGACCAUUCAUGUCACCGAGCUCGUGGAAACCAUUCGGAGUUCGGGAUGUUUUGGUUGGCACAACGGCGAACGAAGGCACCAUGUUCUACAACAUGGUACUCAGCGCAUAUCCCGGACUUUCAGAUGCUCAACCCGAAGAGUACAAAAUGCUGGCAACAGCCGCACUGUCGCGGAUGUUCGGGAUGCCGUUAUCCAAAGCGCGGUUGCUCGCGGAUUUCUAUUUCGGCAAGGACGAUGCCGGUCGUAACUACGAAGAAGCCAGGGACACCGUAGCCGAGCUCGUCGGGGACGCAUUCAUGGACUGCCCGACUGAACUGUUCGCUCAGUCAGCCGCGGAGAACGGUGUUCGUGUUUACCGGUACUUAUUCGCUCACAAGGCUUCCCACAGCUUCGUGCCGGCGUGGAUGGGCGUGGCGCACGCUGCGGACCUGCUGUACACGCUGGGAUCACUGCCAUUCAUGAAGGACGAAGGUCGCUACACGGAACCCUUAGGCAAUAUCGGAAAGAGGUUCUUGCAGACACAGGACUACACGAAGGAAGAAGAAAAGCUGAUGAGGGAGUUGGUCCAUGCUUUCGCCCAAUUUAUUCGGAAGGACAAACCAGACCUUGCUACGGCAGGCUUGGAGUGGCCGGCAUACACGGCGGAAGAUCGUCGACUCAUCGCUGUGAACUCGCGCAAUUACUCCAUUGUUAAAACGUCGAAAAGUGAUAUUUGCGAUCUGUGGAAGAAGGCCGUCGUAACAAGUGAAACAAGCACCGAAAUUCCGGCUGUGGCACCAGCUCCAAGACAGCCGGAGAAUUCUCUGCCUUCAAAGAAGAAGGGGUCAGAAGUGACGCAUUCCACAUCAGGAUCAUCUAUUGCAAUGCCGUGGGAGCUGUUCACUGUUUUUAUUGCAUUUCGUUUGAUCUAGGACAUAAAUUUUGAAGACGUUACACGAAAUAGCGCGCUAAUUUAUACUGUUUGAACGAAGCCAAAAGCUUUUGCUUCUAGUCCCACUAAGAGCCUAAUC